AUGGCGGCGCUGAGCAGCGGCGGCAGCGCCGAGGGGGCCUCGCUCUUCAACGGGGACAUGGAGCCCGAGCCGGCCGCGCUCGGCGCCGGCUACGCGGGGGCCGGCAGCGGGGACCCGGCCAUCCCGGAGGAGGUGUGGAACAUCAAACAGAUGAUUAAAUUGACACAAGAGCAUAUAGAAGCACUGCUAGACAAAUUUGGAGGAGAGCAUAACCCACCUUCAAUAUAUUUAGAGGCCUAUGAAGAGUACACCAGCAAGCUUGAUGCUCUACAGCAGAGAGAGCAGCAGUUACUGGAAUCCAUGGGGAAUGGAACUGAUUUCUCCGUCUCCAGUUCAGCUUCAACAGACACAGUUGCAUCAUCUUCCUCCUCUAGCCUCUCUGUAGCACCUUCAUCCCUUUCAGUUUAUCAGAACCCUGCUGAUAUGUCACGGAAUAACCCUAAGUCUCCACAGAAGCCCAUUGUUAGAGUCUUCCUGCCCAACAAGCAAAGGACUGUGGUUCCAGCAAGAUGUGGAGUGACAGUCCGAGACAGCCUAAAAAAAGCGCUGAUGAUGAGAGGUCUUAUUCCAGAAUGCUGUGCUGUUUACAGAAUACAAGAUGGAGAGAAGAAGCCAAUUGGCUGGGACACAGACAUUUCCUGGCUCACAGGAGAGGAGUUGCAUGUGGAGGUUUUGGAGAAUGUGCCACUCACGACACACAAUUUCGUACGAAAAACGUUCUUCACGUUAGCGUUCUGCGAUUUCUGUCGGAAGCUGCUUUUCCAGGGCUUCCGCUGCCAGACCUGUGGCUACAAAUUCCACCAGCGCUGUAGUACAGAAGUGCCACUGAUGUGUGUUAAUUAUGACCAGCUUGAUUUGCUGUUUGUCUCCAAGUUCUUUGAACAUCACCCCAUACCACCGGAGGAGGCCUCCUUAGGAGAGACCACCCCAGCAUCUGGAUCAUACCCCUCAGUGCCCCCCUCAGAUUCUGUUGGACCACCAAUUCUCCCUAGUCCUUCUCCUUCAAAAUCCAUUCCAAUCCCACAGCCCCUCCGACCAGCAGAUGAAGACCAUCGGAAUCAAUUUGGGCAACGCGACCGAUCCUCCUCAGCUCCCAACGUCCACAUCAACACCAUCGAGCCUGUCAAUAUUGAUGACUUGAUUAGAGACCAGAGUUUACGAGGAGAGGGAGCCCCUUUGAACCAGCUGAUGCGCUGUCUUCGGAAAUACCAAUCCCGGACUCCCAGUCCCCUCCUUCAUUCUGUCCCCAGUGAAAUAGUGUUUGAUUUUGAGCCUGGCCCAGUGUUCAGAGGCUCAGCUGCAGGCUUGUCUGCAACACCUCCUGCUUCCUUGCCCGGGUCACUAACCAAUGUGAAAGCGUUACAGAAAUCACCAGGGCCCCAACGGGAAAGGAAAUCAUCCUCAUCCUCAGAAGACAGAAAUCGAAUGAAAACACUUGGUCGACGGGAUUCAAGUGAUGAUUGGGAGAUACCAGAUGGACAGAUCACAGUUGGCCAAAGGAUAGGAUCUGGAUCAUUUGGAACAGUCUACAAAGGAAAGUGGCAUGGUGAUGUGGCAGUGAAAAUGUUGAAUGUUACGGCACCCACACCUCAACAGUUACAGGCUUUCAAAAAUGAAGUAGGAGUGCUCAGGAAAACACGACAUGUGAAUAUCCUGCUUUUCAUGGGUUAUUCAACAAAACCCCAGUUGGCUAUUGUUACACAGUGGUGUGAAGGGUCCAGUUUGUAUCACCAUCUACACAUCAUUGAGACCAAAUUUGAAAUGAUCAAGCUAAUUGAUAUUGCACGACAGACUGCACAAGGCAUGGAUUAUUUGCAUGCCAAGUCAAUCAUCCACAGAGACCUCAAGAGUAAUAAUAUUUUUCUUCAUGAAGACCUCACAGUAAAAAUAGGUGAUUUUGGUCUAGCUACAGUGAAAUCACGGUGGAGUGGAUCCCAACAGUUUGAACAGUUGUCUGGUUCCAUUCUAUGGAUGGCACCAGAAGUUAUUAGGAUGCAAGAUAAAAACCCCUAUAGUUUUCAGUCAGAUGUGUAUGCAUUUGGGAUUGUUCUCUAUGAAUUGAUGACUGGACAGUUGCCAUACUCCAACAUCAACAACAGGGACCAGAUAAUUUUCAUGGUGGGACGAGGAUACCUAUCUCCAGACCUCAGCAAAGUACGGAGCAACUGUCCCAAAGCUAUGAAGAGACUAAUGGCAGAAUGCUUAAAAAAGAAAAGAGAUGAGAGACCCCUUUUUCCACAGAUUCUUGCCUCCAUUGAGCUUCUGGCCCGGUCAUUGCCAAAAAUUCACCGCAGUGCAUCUGAGCCCUCGUUGAACCGGGCUGGCUUCCAGACAGAGGAUUUUAGUCUAUAUGCUUGUGCUUCUCCAAAAACACCCAUCCAGGCAGGGGGAUACGGAGAAUUUGCAGCGUUCAAGUAGCCACAGCACCAUGGCAGCACCCACUCUGUUAUUUAAGUCUUGUGUUCCUACAGUUUCUUAACAUCAAAACUCCAUUCUGCUCCGCAAAACCUAAAGUAAUUUAGAAAAGAUAUCCAUAAGCUUAAAAGUGGAGCAGAAUGGAACCACCAGUCCAACACAAUGGGAAAAAGUACCUUUUUGGGAACCAGAGUCCUCUGCUGCCAGUGUUUCUCCUUGGACACAAACCACCCCGUGCGUUGGAGACCUGCGGUGGCUGCCUGUGCCGUUGGCAUCGCUCCCGGAGAGGAGAGGGCGCUCGUGGUGUGCCUGUGGUGCUCGGGGCGGGGACGGAGCUGCUGCUGCUGCUGCUGAACUGGGAGCCUUGCUUUGGAGGGGCUGCCGGCCGCCUUGCUCCCUCUAACAGCGUCACCAUCAGAGCCUCGCCGGCUGAUGAGCGCUCAUCUCAGCCAAUCAUUUCCCAUUCUGAUCCUUUUUUUUUUCCUGGUGUACUUACUGAUUUAUGGACAACGCAGUAUCCCCUUUUCGCUGUGUUACAGUGUCAGACACCUCAGUCUGUCUAUAUUGCUGGGGUUUAUUCCUUUAAAUUUUAACGUGUGGGGCAGUGGGAGCUGGAGAUGUUAUUCUGAAGGCAGAGAGGUUCAUCUGAAGGAAAAGGGGAUGCUGCCAUACCUUUUUUCAGAUUUACUUUACCGCUUCUUAAAAAGAACAAACAACAACCACCAUCCUUAACCUUUUUCCUUUUCCAAUAUUUUCUUGGUGUGUGCAUAUACAACAUCUUUUUGAAGGAUUAGGUCGAUCCUUCUUUUGUUGGUCCAGCAACAAACUGAAGUUUAAAAAAAAUGUAGCGAGAUUGUCCUCUCUUUUAUUUUUUUUUGUAUCAUAUGAUACAAUGUAUUUAUCAAAGAUGCUACUGCAGCAUCUAAAGUCUGUAGAAAUCCUGAUACAGACUGUGAAUGGUGUAUGUACCUACUUUAAAAGUUUUAUUUUAAACGAGGGUGCAGGUUAAUGCCAGGUACCUUACCAAUAUGUAAUGUUUUCAUAAAUGAGGAAAAAAGUUCUCAGGUUGAAUUGAUUUCAAAUACAAUCCCCCUCUAGAAUUAGACAUUCCAAAAAUUAUGUUUUGGUACUUUCAAGAGCUUUUUUUAAAGGAUUUUUAUCCUGUUAACUACACGUCCUCUGAUAAGUGUGUGUGUAAAUGUGGAGCAUCUUGUCCUAAUGGCAAGUUGUUAGAUCAAAACAAAACGGUACUUGCUGGAUCCACGCUGACUACUCCUGCUCUCAUUGCUUUCCUCCCUGUCAGCUCUUCCCUUCUGCUUGUCUUUCCCCUCUGUACACUUUGCAAACUAGGACGAAGGUGGCGGUGUCUCCAUUAGAGUGCUUUGUUUUCCUGUCCUCCAGUCCUGGUUUUCAAAUGGUUAGUAGCUUUUUGAAAAGUUACCCAGUCAGGGAAAACAACAACUCAUAGAGUUCUGCACAUCAUUUACCUCUAGUAGAAUAUCUUGUGAUGUGAUCUGCUUGCAGAGUUCUCUGGUAUGUGGUAUUACCUGUAAAUUAUUUGUACAGAGGCAAGGCAGACCACAUUGGAAAGAAACUCAAGCUCAGACAGAAGUUUCCAGAAAUUGAUUCAUAUCAGCCCUGUACCACUCCAGGUGAGGCAGGAGAACUGACCCCCCCCUCUAGCAGAGAGGUUUUUGCUGGGAGGAGGUGGGGAGUGUUUAACAAAAUCACGACAAAUAAAUGAAGGAAUUAAAUGUGUGUGAAUGUGGUGUCCAUGCUAAACAUGGAUGUACCGAGUGAGGGUGCUGUCCUUCCCUCCCUAGGGGAAGGGGACUGUUCCUGUCUGCAGAAGGUUGCUCCCAGAUGAAGGGAGAAAAGCACAUCAGAAGUAGGUGAUGGUUUUAAUACCCUGGAAUAUUGCGGUGUUGCUGGUAGUCUGUUACGUUUGUCAGUAAAUAUUUACUGGGGCUGUAGGGACCAGACUGAUCUGAAGUGGGAAUUAAAACUGAAAUACUGUGUAUUCAUAUUAAUUCCACAAACAUUAGCAAGAUAGCAAUAGUGAAUGACUUAAUAGUCACUACAGGAAUGAAGUGAUUCAUGUUGGUACAUGAACAGAAUUGAUUUUGUGUAUGGGACGCAUUUUAAAAACAAAGGAAAAAAAAGCACAAAUUUUUUUCUUGUCUGCUGUGGGUCUUCAGAUGCUGUAAGGUUUUUACCUUAAUGAGGUUGGCAGGAAUUUAAAAAGUAGCAAUAGCCACUUUCCAGUGUGGAGAGGCUGAUGCAGAGCAGUGGUAGCAGAUGGUGCAGUCGGAGUGCUCCCUGGUGAUCAUCUGAGGCCAGUACCUGAGAGCUGGAGGGAGCCUGGGGCACUGGUGGCAGCAGGCAGGUGAGAGCAUUUACCAGAUACAGGCUCCCAGGGGGAAAGGAGUCCCUGCUUCUCCUUUCACCCCAUGCUUGGCUCCAGCCCCUUUAUGGGCUGUGGCCCCAUUUGUACGUGCCAGGGAUACUGAGGUCAAGGUUCUCUCAAAAGAAGCUGUUAACAGAGCAAGUAUGGACAGGUGGUUCAACACUCAUUUGUUUCACAGAUCAUUAAAAGCUCUUGUUGCCUUCCACCAAGUCAUGCUGGCAGAAGAUUCUGUUAGGAACUUCAUUCUAUCUUUGCUUAAAAUGAACUUACUUUGGUAAAGAUUCAUUACCCAUUAGUCUACAAUAUGCUUCUUGAGCCCAUAGGAAAAGCACAAGGAAAAUUGCUAUCCUUGUCCAUGCAAAGCACUUUAUAAGUAACACAUGAUCUCUGGGGGUUUUGUGUUGGGGUUUGUUUGUUUGUAGUUUUGUUUUUCUUUUUUUGUUUCUCGUUUUGUUUUAUUUUUUUUUCCUGAGGAAUGUGCAAGUUGUUUGGCUGCUGUUUAGAGAAGUCCUUUCAGGAUGCAUUUCUACUGGUUUUCUCGUUUGUUUGUUUCUCUCCAGAUAGCUGUAGUAAUGUGUGUUUGUCUGUAAGAGUUCCCAGGUAAUGCUCAUACAAAACUUUGAAAGAAAUGUAGUUUGUAAAUAAUUGGGAUUAUUUUUGGUUUUAUCUUUUCCUUCAGGAGUUUUUCUGAAUGUCUUGCAUGCCAUCAGGACCAGUCUUAAAGAUGUCCUUUAGAUACUUAAUGAUUGGGGAAUCAAGAAUAGAUGAGAAAUGAGUGCUCUCUGUAGCAGUGGGAUGAAGGAAGUUAGCUGAAAUGACCAACACAUUC